AUGGCUGGAUCCAUUGCCCUGAACACGCGAGACACCAUUAUUGAGAUCCGGGUGCGCCAACCCGACGCCCUCCCGCCACCUACCAACACUACUACUCCUCGCAUUGAGGAGGUUGAGGAAGAGCCGAGUGAACCUCAUCAAGUUCCCGGGGAAUGGCCCGAUGUUCCCGUACCCGUUGCCAGACCCCGGGAAGGACUGGAACGCAACGCCAGCCGACGCAGCCGUACCAGACGGCUCAGCCAGCGUCUAAGUGUGUCCAGCGAUAUCUUUCAUGAUGCUAUUGAAGCUCAGGGCUACGGAGGAGCCGGCACUGGGUCCAAGCGGCUGAGUGGAAUUUAUCGUCGUUCCAUUAUUGAAGACUCGGUUGAAGCUCUGGGUCUGACGGAACCGACCGAGCAACUCAAGGUCGAAGAGCAGGAGGAACCACCCACCAAGACCAAAUACGGACCCCGAAUAUGGGCCAUCAUGGUGGCACUGUGUGUGACAAAUCUUUUGGUCGCGUUGGAAGGAACAGUCAUUUCAACGGCGCUGCCGACCAUCGUGGAGGACCUGGGCGGCGGCGAAGCGUAUGUCUGGGCUUCCACUGGAUAUUUUCUUACCAAUACCGUCUUUCAACCUCUGUAUGGGCAAGUGGCUGAUAUCUUCGGCCGGCGAUGGCUGAUCAUCUUCGCGGUAGCCAUGUUCGUGCUGGGCAGCGGCAUCAGCGGUGGUGCACCGAGCAUGAACGUGCUCAUCGCCGGUCGCGUCAUUCAGGGUAUCGGCGGUGGUGGUAUUACACUGUUAGUGAACCUGAUUGUGUGUGACUUGGUGCCCUUGCGCGAACGUGGUCGUCUCAUGGCCAUUGUAUUUGCGGCAGUCUCUGUUGGCACCUCGUUGGGACCCAUCGUCGGAGGACUGAUAGUGCAACAAACCACCUGGCGCUGGGUCUUCUAUCUCAAUCUGCCGGUCGGAGGCAUUUCCAUGGUACUGCUCUUUGUCUUCCUGCAAGUCAGUCAUCGCAGUGAGGAAACCUCCAUCAAGCGCCGUCUGGAGCAGAUCGACUAUGGCGGCAACCUGAUUUUCAUCCUGGCCAUCUCAUUCAUUCUGGUCGCCCUGGCGUACGGCGGCACACUCUGGCCGUGGAAGUCAUUCUCGACCAUUAUCUCGCUGGUCUUUGGGUUCUAUGGAAUUGUUGUAUUCAUCCUCUACGAGCAGAGCAACUUCUGCCGCCAGCCCACACUGCCCAUGCGUCUCUUCACGCGCCGCACCUCGGCCACCGCAUUCACCAUCACCUUCAUCCAGUCCAUGCUCACCCUACUCGUCAUCUACUUCCUUCCGGUCUACUUUCAGGCCGUGCUUUUAGCCUCCCCAAUACGGUCGGGUGUUAUGAUGCUCCCAACAGUACUGGUAUUGGUACCGGCCUCGGUAGUCAGCGGUGCCCUGCUAUCCAAAUUUGGUCGCUACAAGCCCUUCCACUUUAUCGGGUUCGCGCUCUUCACCCUGGGCUUUGGCUGCUUUAUCACACUUGAUGAAAACUCACCAGAUGUUGCCUGGGUCAUGGUGCAGAUUGUCGUGGCCCUGGGGUCAGGCUCCUCUCUGAGCACGCUGCUACCAGCUGUGCAGGCUGAAUUUUCCGACCAAGACACCGCAGCUGCUACAGCGGCGUGGGCUUUUGUGCGCCAGUUUGGUGUGGUCUGGGGUGUAUCAGUACCGUCGGCAAUCUUCAACGCUCAGGUGGAGCACGAUCUCUCGGGGAUCAGUAGUGACAGUGUCCAAAAGACGCUCGGCGGAGGCGCUGCCUACGAGCAUGGUACUAAGGAGUAUGUCAAUUCGCUUACCGGGGAUGUGCGAAAGCAGGUGAUAGGGUUGUAUGCAGACAGCUUGAAGAUAGUGUGGGUUUUCGCGACUGUUAUCGCUGGAGUUGGGUUCAUGCUGGUGUUCUUGGAACGUGAAAUUACGCUGCGGACGAAACUGGACACGAAGUAUGGAUUGAAGGAGGAGAAAAACGGCGAUUCAUCUAAUGCAUAA